AUGUUCGGUCUCCCCACUUUGAGCCCACGUUGCCUGGGCAGUUGCAAAGUAGGGGUUGGUUUCACCAGUGGGCUGGCGGGGGGCGGAAGGAGUGUCAAACAGAGUAACACCCAUCCCUGCGUUCUCCCCAGGUGCAGGGGUGCUCAGUAUCCUCAGUGUUUGAAGAUGAUGCUGCUGUUGGUGAAGUGUAUCCGUCAACUGAGAGAAUCCUGUCAUCAUGAAAACAUUGGCUUGAAUUCUCCAGAAGAAGCGAGGGGUCGUACACAGCCAUUCCUAAACCACCCCCAAGCUGGUCUCCCUCUGAAAGGCGGGCUGAGCCUCGGGGGCUACCAGAAGGUCCUGAUGAAGACGGGGCUGGUGCUCAUCGUCCUCGGCCACAUCAGCUUCAUCGCGGGGACCCUGGUCCACGGGAUGGUGCUACGCUACAUGACGGAUGCGCAUGACGCCGUCACGCUGCAGUACUGCAUCUCCAAUAUCCUCGCCGUGACCUCUGCCCUCUUGAUCAUCUCCUGUGGCAUCACAGCCAUCGUCCUGUCCCGCUACCUCUCCCGCUCCCCCCUGCGAUGGGCGGUGUUCAUCAUGAGCCUCACCAGUGCCCUCUUCUCGGUGACCUGCGCCCUAGGGCUCCUGGCUUCCAUCGCCAUCACCUUCGCCAACGAGGGCCGAUCCCUGCUGGCCACCUGCUCCUUCAGCAGCCCAGAGCUGGCACAGUUCUCGCCCGACUGCCCCUUCGACCCCACGCGCAUCUAUAGCUCCACGCUGUGCCUGUGGGGCAUCUCCUUGGUUCUCGAGGUGGCGGAGAGUGUCUUCAGCGUCCGCUGUGCCCAGCUCACCCACCAGCUACUGGAGCUGAAGCCCUGGUGGGGCAAAAGAAGCACCAAGAUGGUGGGGGAUAGCCCGGAGCUCAGCGAAGGCCGAAACCUGCUGAGCUGCUCCAGCUCAGAGCCACUGGCCCUCUGAGGGUCCUCCCUCGCCCCCCACCCCACCCCCAGGCUCCCC